GACAUGCACAUGUAUAAAAUAGUUGCCAGUUAACAAAAGGAAAGAGGAAUUGAAUGAAGACUUUCAGUAUUUCCGUUUUAAGUGGGAUAGACGUCAUGCAAUGAGUUAUGGAAAUAAUAAAUAAUACUAUGACUACUGCAAUAAUUCCUGACUUUCAUUCCUUUUCGAAUAUUAUUGAAGGACCAACAAAAACAGAUAACAUUACCACGCCUACUGUGAACAUAUUAAGCAAAAAUCAAAAAGCAACGGUUCCGAUUUCAUCCGUGGUAUCAUUCACACUUGGAGUACUUGGAAACAUUCUGGCAAUUAUAGUUCUUGUUCGUUUUAAGAAAAAGCAUAAAUGGGGCAUAUUUUCUAGAUUUGUAAUAUCUUUAGCUUUGACCGACCUGUUCGGGAUUAUAACUACGUCACCAGUCGUUUUUGCAUUUUGUGCAAGAAAAGUUAACUUGUCAGAAAAUGUGUUGCUUUGUCAUUACAUGGCAGUCAUGAUGAUAUUUGCAGGAUUAGCGACCGUGCUUUUGGUUAGUGCAAUGGCUGUGGACAGAUCUUUAGCUGUUCUUCUUCCAUUGACAUAUUAUGCGAUUGGUACACGAACUUUUGCGAACAGUUUGAUAAUUGGAGUAUGGGUUUUUUCGUUAUUAGUUGCUAUACUGCCCUUACUCGGUUUUGGUGAAAAUGUAGCACACUAUCCAUUUUCAUGGUGCUUUUUCAAUUACUUUGGCGACAAAACUGAAGACAAAAUAUAUGGAUUUUUUUAUUCCUCUUUAGGGUUGGGGAGUAUUUUUUUAACGAUAGUGUUAAACCUGCGUGUGCUUGCAAGGCUUAUUUCCGAAAGUAAGAGUAAUGUCAGGCGUGAAAGUAUAUCAAACAGAAGAGCAAGAUCCAAGAAAGACAUUUCUAUUGCCAUAUUUCUCAUUAUGAUAGUUAUUGUAUUUACUGUCUGCUGGGCACCAUUUAUGAUAAGGAUAAUCAUCAACCAAAGCCGUAUUUUCCCAAGAGAUGUAAAAGCUGACAUUCUAUCACUCACUCUUGCCAGCUGGAAUCAAGUUCUUGACCCGUGGGUGUAUCUUUUGUUUAGAGGAAACACGCUGACGCGUUUAUUACGUUGCAUAAAAAAAUCCAGUUUCAUCUGUAAGACGUUUGGAUGCUUUAAUUGUUCUUCUAGUGGUGUUAGUAAUCAUGAUUCAACAUCACUGCAGUUCGGUGCUAUCCCUUUGACGUCGAUGGUAAACAACACUGCAGUUCGGUGCUAUCCCUUUGACGUCGAUGGUAACCGAAUGUAAAACCGAGACAUGGAUAUAAUCAGGUUAUAAUCAGGGAAAGUGCCGCAGUGGCAGAUGGUUUUAACAGUUCCUACACUUAUCACUAGUAUAUACAUAGGGUAUUAUUAUUGAAAUAAAAAAUUUUUAUAAUAACUUACCUAUACAGAUUUAUCAUCAUGCUAUUAUGGCCUUCUGAAUCAUUUACACAUCAGUAAUAAGCUUGCAUUUUCACGAUGGCAACUUUUAGUUUCCAAAUCACAUUUCUUUUACAAUUGGCAGUGAAGAUCAUAAGCUUGCAAUAAUUAUUUUAAUUCUAUAAUUUUUAUUUCGACUUAAAAUCAGCAUUUUUACUGAAAAGCAUGUUUUUUUUAUCUAAUAAAGUUGCACUAAAACGUUAAAGUUUGUCAUCUACAACUCUUAUUGGGUACUAAUUGUCAAAAUGGCUAAAACUACUGACAGAAUGGGAAAACUUUUUUGGGGCUUAUGCUUGAAUGAUAAUGCUUAAAUGAUCUUGAAUGCUGGAACUAAAUUAUGUCUGAUGACCCUGAUGACUAUCUAAUAUGAUUUAUUCUUUAUAGAAUGACAGCUAUUCUAUCUAUGUAGAUUGUUUGUUUUAUAGUGUGUAUAUACUUAUAUGUACUGCAUGUUUAUGUAUUACACGUGUGAGCUCUAAUAAAAUA